CCAGCCUGGGCUGGGGGGAGACAAGGGGCCCAGUCCUGCUUAAGAACACCAUGAAUGCAGGCACAUUGCAGGGAGCUCAACAGUUGGCUAUCGGAGAGAAGGGAGCAGUGGCAUUGAGAGACCACCAGACCGGGCAUGGCUCUGAGCCCAGGGUCUAGUCUGGUCCUCUGUGAAAGCUCGAAGGUGACACCUAGUCUCAGCCUCACCGAGGUCUCAGAUUUAGCCUCCGGCACCAUCUCUGGGCCCCACUCAGACAUGGGCCUUGUUCCUCUCGUGAACCCACCCCUGAAUCCUGGCUCAGCUCUUGUUCCAGACCUUAAUCCAAGUCUGAGUCCUGUCUCAGAUGAGGCCCCUGGCCUGGUGACUGGUCACACCCCCAGGCCUGUUGACAGCUGGACCGCGGGCCCCGCCUCCCUCCAAAUCACCAAUUCCCGCUCAGGUGAAGCCCUGGGCCCAAGUUCAAAUCACGUCUCGAGGCCUAACUCCCAGAGGGCCCCCAGCUCUACUGAGGCCCAGGGUCUGAGCUCAGGGAGCCACACAGGGCCCAAUUCUCAGGAGGCUUUCAACUCCCUCUCAAGCAAGAUUUUUGAUUUGGGUCAGAGUAACUCCAAUCCUUCCAGGCCUGAAGCAAACCCAUUUAUAAGGCCCUAUUCAAGAGAAACCCUGGUUGUGGGCCAAUGCGUCUCCAGGCCAGGCUCGAAAGCACUCCUUAUUCCAGCCUCAAACUCUUCUCUGGACUUGGACUCCAACCCGAUACUUGAUGUGGGCUCAAAAAACACCUCCAAGCUGGACCUGCAUGCAGCUCGAGGUUCUGGUGGGACCCUGAUCCCAGAUGCCAACGAGACCAUCACUGUGGUUUCACAUAAGAUCUCUGGGUCUGUCUCAAAAAGAGCCUUUGGGGCAGCCUGGAACACAAGUUCCAAGGGAACCAUCAACGUGGCUUCAAAUGGCAAUCCCAGGUCUGACUUGAACAUGACCAUCACUCAGGCCUCAUGCUUGACCCUGAUUCCUGGCUCCAGUGAUGGUAUCAGCCUGCACUCCAGCACCCGCGGACCCAACUCCACCCUUUCUCCAGCCUCGGGCAUGACCCUGAUCCUGGGCUCCAAUGAGACUGUCAGCCUGGGCUCCAGCCUCAUCUUCAGCGACACAUCCACCCUGACACUGAGCAGCCAGCAGGAUUAUUCCGAGGACAGCAGCGUCCAUGCCAUACCCCUGGAUGAGAAUCUGGGGAGCUGGGGCGAGAUGGGCAGCACUGAGACAGGUCAGUUCCCGCUGGGGUUCCCCACCUCUAAUACCACAGACGAGGACACCACAGCCUUCCAAAGCAUCCCAGAAGGAGUCUUCGAGGAAGUGACCUCAUGCCUGGUGGAAGUGCCGGGGAAGAGAGAUGAUGACAACAAGAUGGCUCUGGUGGAGAAUGCCAUCGCCCCCCAGAAGUGCCAGGAAGGGGAAGGAGAGAAGAAGACCAUGAUGAAGAAGAUGAUGAGGCAGAUCCAGGAGGAACCACUGGAUUCCCUCUCAAGCACCGUCCGCUGGCAGGCCAUGGAGACGCUGACCCAGCUGAGUCACACGCAGCCCGUCCUGGGUGGGCAAGAAAGAUCAGAGCUGGUGAACACGUGCGUGAAGAGUGUGUUCUCCCUCCCCUCUGUGCAGGCCAUGCAGGAGAAGGACAAGGCUGAGGCUGAGACCAUACAGACACUUUACCGUCAGACCCUGGAAGCCCUGCAGACACUGCUCAAAGCCCUCUUUGUGGAGGACCCCACUCCCGCCGGACUGAAGAGCAUCUUGGAGCCCCUGGGGCCCUGGAUGAACUCCGGGAAGGCCCAUGAGCGAGCGCGGGCUGUGAACAGCAAUGUCUCUGUGUUGAACCACACGCUUCUGACUCUGCCUUUCUUUAUGUCGUCGGGGUUCCCGGCGCUCGGGCUUCUGCUGGGGAGGCUCAUCCUUCGCAUCGGGGAUCCUGACGAGCAGAUUGGCCGGGAGGCUCUGGACGGCAUCAUCAUCCUCUACACCAUCCUGGAGCUCCCAAGACGAGCCAGAGAUAAGGGAGAGACCAAUAAGGAGGAGCUGUAUGAGAGCAACAAGCGGUUCCUGGGGCCCUACAACCCUGUCAGCCCAUGCCAGAAUAUUCUGCGUGUGAUUGCGGAGUUUGGAGACUUCCUGGGGCCCCAGCAGGUAAAGGACCUGUUGCUAGCAGCCCUGGAAGGCUUGAAAGGCAGCUCGGAGGCCCGGGGGAAGGACUCCGGGGAGAUGAUGCAGCUGGCCUCGGAGGUCACACUCAGCUCGGUACUGGAAUGGUACCGCCACAGGGUGCUGGAGGUGAUCCCGGAAAUCAUGCAGGGCAUCUACGCGCAACUGAGCCACAUCCAGGAGCCGCGGGCCCGCGAGGUGGCCCUGCUGCCCAUCUCCCUCUUGGCCAGCUCCUUCAUGACCGAGGUGGUUGUGGCCCUGCUCACGUGCCCCCUCCCACUGGACAGCAAUGGUGCAGAGAUGUGGAGGCAGCUGAUACUGCGCAAGCCCAGCUGUGAUGUCCGAGACCUCCUGGACCUGCUCCUGACCAGCCUGAAGGAGAAGCCCUUCACCAAGAAGGGCCGGGCCUCCAUCGUGCCCCUAGCGGCAGCCAGCGGCCUGUGUGAGCUCCUGUCGGUCCACAGCUGCGUGGGUCGCGUGAGACGCAUCUACCCGCAGCUGCUCCUGGCCCUGCUCGUUCAGGUCCAUUACCACAUCGGCCUCCACCUGCCUGGCCGCAUGGCUUUCCGCAAGGACGCCAAGAAGGACCCUCAGCCUUCCAUCUUCGUACCCGUGCGCUGGGUGGUCAAAGUGGUGAAAACCCUGCUGCUGAGGAUGGGCUGCUCGUAUGAGGCCACCUUUCUGGAGGACCAGGGCGGCUGGGAGCUCAUGGGGCAGGCGGAGAACCACCACCGGGGAGUGUCCCUGCUGGCCAGGGCCAUGGUGCACUACUCCUGCCAGGAGCUCUGCCGCCUGCUCUACUUGCUCAUCCCACUGCUGGAGCGAGGCGACGAGAAGCACAAGAUCACUGCCACCGCCUUCUACGUGGAGCUGCUGCAGCUGGAGCAGGUGCGGCGGAUCCCGGAGGAGUACUCUCUGGGGCGGAUGGUGGAGGGCCUGAACCACCAGGACCCCGUCAUGAAGGUGCUGUCCAUCCGAGGCCUGGUCAUCUUGGCCCGUAGGACAGAGAAGACCGCCAAGGUGCAGGCCCUCCUGCCCUCUAUGGUGAAGGGCCUGAAGAGCAUGGAUGGGCUGCUGGUGGUGGAGGCGGCCCACAACCUCAAGACAAUCUUCAAGGGGCAGGACCGGAAGCUGGCAGACACCUCGGUCUAUGUGGAGAUGUUGCAGGUCCUGCUGUCCCACUUCAGCGAUCCUCGAGAGGACGUGCGCUCCUCCUGCAUCAACUUGUACGGCAAGGUGGUCCAGAAGCUGCGGUCGCCCCGCACCCCAGCCGUGGAGGAGCAGCUGAUCAGCACCUUCGUGCCCCUGCUGCUGAUCAUGCAAGAGGGCAACGCCAAGGUGAGCCAGAAAUGUAUAAAGACCCUGUUCCGCUGUUCUUGCCUCAUGGGAUGGGAAUUGCCAAAAAGAGCUUACAGCCGGAAGUCCUGGGACAACCAGCAGCAGACGGUGGCCAAAAUAUGCAAGUACCUGGUGACUACCCACCAAGACAGCGCCUUCACAUUCCUCAGCCAGAGCCUGGAGUAUGCCAAGAAUUCCCGGGCCUCCCUCCGGAAGUACUCAGUCAUGUUCAUAGGGUCCCUGGUCCCCUGCAUGGAGAGCAUAAUGACAGAAGACCGUCUGAAUGAAGUGAAAGCAGCUCUGGAAAACCUAAGACACGACCCAGAAGCAUCAGUGUGCAUCUAUGCGGCCCAGGCCCAGGACCACAUCCUGGCCAGCUGCCGGCGGAACUCCUGGCAGCUGCCGCACGGGGACUCGUGGGUGUGCGACCCGGCCACCAUGCACCGCUGGAGCCCCAGCUGCGAGAACCUGCCCACGUCCCACCAGCGGUGCUCCUGGAUCAUGCAGGCCCUGGGCUCCUGGAAGAUGUCCUUGAAGCAGUGAUAUCCCUGAGCCCCCAGCCCUCCUCAGGGGUGGCCACGA